AUGUCGGUCACGCUCCACACCAAUGUGGGCGAUCUCAAGAUCGAGGUCUUUUGCGAAAGUGUCCCAAAGACCGCAGAGAACUUUUUGGCUCUCUGUGCGUCGGGCUACUAUAACGGCUCGCCCUUCCACCGCGUCGUCGCCGGCUUCAUGGCCCAGACAGGGAUGCCGGCCCAGUCGUCCAAACACAAGGGCUCCAAGGACAAGGACAAGGACAAGGGCACGUCCAUCUGGGGCCAGCCCUUUGAGGACGAGAUCCGCCUGCCCGCGCUCCGCCACCACGCGCGGGGCAUCGUGUCCAUGGCCAACAAGGGCGCGCCGCCGGUCGGCAGCGGCCUUGCAGGCACCAAUGGCUCGCAGUUUUUCGUAACCUUUGCACGCACGCCACACCUGGACGGUGUCAACACGGUGUUUGGACGGCUGCUGGGCGAGGCGUCUUUUGAGACGCUGGACAAGAUCGAGGCCGUGCCCGUGGACAAGAAGCAUCGGCCCAAGUCAGGGCCGCCACCUACCAUGAACAAGGAGGGCGAGGAAGGCGAUUCAUCGUCUGCGGUGGCAGCCGUGUCCUCAGAGCCGCCACGGAUUGAACGUGUGACGGUCCACGCGAACCCUCUGGCCAAGUGA